CUGCUCUCCCUGGGAAAGGAGCGCCCGAUUUUCCCACGGGCCGGCGCGGCCCCUGCGCGCUCCUGCUGUCUCCGCCGUGGAUCGUGACAGUCCUUGCCUGAAGAGAGAAAUUGGCAGCCAAGGAAAGAGACCUUUUGAGUCCUGGUGGGAGCGGAGAUGGAGAAGAGCGUGAAGAUGGAAGAGCAAAGCGUUGCAGGCCCUGAAGCAGAAAACAUCCAGGAAGGGAGCAGUGCAGAGCCCUGGGAAGGAAGAGUGCAGGAGAAGCAGACUGGGAGCAACCCCUGCUCAGACAUGGAGCACCAGCACUUCAAGACCUUCUGCUACCAGGAAGCCGAGGACCCCCGAGAGGUUUGCAGCCGACUCCACCACCUUUGCUGCCAGUGGCUGAAGCCAGAGAGAAACACGAAAACUCAGAUGCUGGACCUGGUGGUUCUGGAGCAGUUCCUGGCUGUCCUCCCCCCGGAGAUGGAGAGCUGGGUCAGAGAAUGUGGAGCGGAGACCAGUUCCCAGGCGGUGGCCCUGGCAGAAGGCUUCCUCCUGAGCCAGGCAGAGGAGGAGGAACAGAAAGGGCAUAAGGUCCAGGGGAUGUUCGCCAAAGCAGCCAUGGAUUUCUCUCAGGCAGAGAAGGCUCCGUCGGACACCACACAGAGGCCACUGUUCAGGUGGAUUGUGGAAGAGGGUGACACAGAUGCUACCUUACUGGGUGGUGGAAUUGCUCCAGCGUUUCCUUCCAGGCAUUCUCAUGGCAGAAUGGGAUCAGUUACUGUACAGCCAGAUCAGGGGCCGGUGACCUUCAAGGAGGUGGCUGUGCAUUUCACAGAGGAGGAGUGGGCGCUGCUGGAUCCGGGCCAGAGGGCUCUGCACGGGGAAGUUAUGGCGGAGAUUUAUGGGAACUUGGCUUCUCUGGCAAGGGAUGCAUGGGAAGGAGCAAAUGGAAGGGAAGGACACCAAGUGUUGGCGGAAAGCAAUACAUGUCCAGACUUGGAAGGGAAUGUUGGAAAUCAAGACGGAGUGGAGAAACAGGAGGAAAAUCAAAUUAAGGAGGAUGGUGAUUUCCAUGAAAUUCCAGUCCAUCAAAAAACAGGCAAAGGAGGACGAAGGAACGAGUGUUUUGUGUGUGGGGAAAGGUUUGCUCGUAAAACAAGCCUUGAGAAUCAUCAGAAAACCCACGCAGUGGAGAAACCCUAUGAAUGCUUUCGUCAGAGGACAAACAUGACCUCCUCUCAAAUAAUUCAUACAAAGGAGAAACCAUUUAAAUGCCUGGAGUGUGGAAAGAGCUUCAGUCGGAAUGGGAAACUUACUUCACAUAAAAGAAGUCACACCGGAGAGAAACCAUUUCAGUGCCUGGAGUGUGGAAAGAGCUUCAGUCAGAGGACAAACCUUACUACUCACCAGAAAAUUCAUGCCGAGGAGAAACCAUUUAAGUGCCUGGAGUGUGAAAAGAGCUUCAGUCAGAAGACCCACCUUACCACGCAUCAGAGAAUCCACACAGAGGAGAAACCAUUUAAGUGCCUAGAGUGUGGAAAGAGCUUCAAUCAGAGGACAAACCUAACUACUCAUCAGAGAAUCCACACAGAGGAGAAACCAUUUAAAUGCCUAGAGUGUGGAAAGGGCUUCAGUCAGAGGACGCACCUUACUACUCAUCAGAGAAUCCACAGAGAGGAGAAACCAUUUCAGUGUCUGGAGUGUGGGAAGAGCUUCACUCAGAGAGUACACCUUUCUACUCAUCAGAGAAUCCACACAGAGGAGAAACCAUUUAAAUGCCUGGAGUGUGGAAAGAGUUUCAAUCAGAGGACAAACCUUACUACUCACCAGAGAAUUCAUGCAGAGCAGAAACCCUUUCAAUGUCUGGAGUGCGGAAAGAGCUUCAGUCAGAGCUCCAGCCUUACUUUACAUCUCAGAAUACACACAGGGAAGAAACUAUUUAAAUGCUUGGAGUGUGGAAAGGGCUUCACUGAUUGUAAAAGCCUUAAUUCACAUGCAAAGAUCCAUAAGCUUCUUGCAGGAGAGAAACCAUAUGAAUGUCUGGAGUGUGGAAAGCGUUUCCGGCAGAGUAGGCAGCUUAGCUCCCAUCAAGGAAUCCAUACAGGGGAGAAACCAUUCAAAUGUCUGGAGUGUGGAAAGUGCUUCCGCCAGAGUGGGAAACUUAUUUCACACCUGAGGAUUCACACAGGAGAGAAACCAUUUAAAUGCCUGGAGUGUGGAAAGAGCUUUAGCCGGAUAGAUGCUCUUACUACACACCAAAGAAUCCAUGCAGGAGAGAAACCAUUUAAAUACAUAGAGCAGGGCUGGAGAAGCUGUGCCCCUCCAGAAGUUGUUGAACUCCAGAUCCCAUCAGCACCAGCAAGCCUGGCCAAUGGUCAAGGAUGAUAACGGCUAUCAUUGGGGAAUGACUUCCGGAGAACCACAGCUCUCCCAAACAUCUGUCAGAAUGAAAAGCUUACUAUACAUCAAAGAACACAGGAGAAAAACCAUAAAAAUGCUCAGAGUGAUGGAAUAAACUUCAGCAACCAGAGGUAGGAAUGUUGACCGGAGGAGGGCUCCAACCGACUGUAGCACCACCCACCACCAAGGCCAUCGAGUCCAACCCCCUGCUCAAUGCAGGAAUCCACC